CCGAGACGCUGGCUGGAGCCGUCCCCGGCCGCAACACCCCCACUUUCCAACUCCAAGGUCCCCGCAGCGCGCGAGAGGUGCAGCCGGCUCCGGACGCAGGCAAGGCGCGGGCCGCGGGCCGCGGGGAGCGAGGCUCCGGGCCCGAUUUGCGGGGCGCAAGGUGUGUGGAAUCUGGAUCCCUAAAACUUGUUCUCCCAGAGAACAGAGGCCAUGUCUAGAACUGGCCAAAUUUAUAGCCUCUCGUCUGAUGAAAAGAGAAAGGAAGAAUGGACUACAGUCACCAAACUUCCCUAGUCCCAUGUGGACAAGAUAAAUACAUUUCCAAGAACGAACUUCUUCUGCAUCUGAAGACCUACAACUUGUACUAUGAAGGCCAGAAUUUGCAGCUCCGACAUCGUGAGGAAGAAGAUGAGUUCAUCGUGGAGGGGCUGCUGAACAUCUCCUGGGGGCUGCGCCGGCCCAUUCGUCUACAAAUGCAGGAUGACAAUGAACGCAUUCGCCCUCCUCCAUCCUCUUCCUCUUGGCACUCCGGCUGUAACUUAGGAGCUCAGGGCACUAUCCUGAAGCCCCUCACCAUGCCCAACAUUCCAAUCUCAGAGGUGGAUGCCCUGCCUGAGAAUGAUCAGACAUCAAGUCCCACAGACUCCAGGGCCCUGAAGUCCCUGCAGGAAGACACCCCACAACUGAUGCGCACACGCAGUGAUGUUGGGGUACGUCGUCGUGGCAAUGUGAGGACACCCAGCGACCAGCGGCGAAUCAGACGCCACCGCUUCUCCAUCAACGGCCAUUUCUACAACCACAAGACGUCGGUGUUCACGCCGGCCUAUGGCUCCAUCACCAAUGUCCGCAUCAACAGCACCAUGACCACUCCACAGGUCCUGAAGUUGCUGCUCAACAAAUUUAAGAUUGAGAACUCAGCGGAAGAGUUUGCUUUGUAUGUGGUCCAUACCAGUGGUGAGAAGCAGAAGCUGAAGAACACUGAUUACCCCCUGAUUGCCCGGAUCCUCCAGGGCCCAUGUGAGCAAGUCUCCAAAGUGUUCCUUAUGGAGAAGGACCAGGUGGAGGAAGUCACCUAUGAUGUGGCUCAGUAUAUAAAGUUUGAGAUGCCUGUCCUUAAAAGCUUCAUUCAGAAGCUCCAAGAGGAAGAAGAUCGGGAAGUAAAGAAGCUGAUGCGCAAGUACACCGUGCUCCGGCUAAUGAUUCGGCAGAGGCUGGAGGAGAUAGCCGAGACCCCAGCAACAAUCUGAGCCACAGGGAGGGGAUCCAGACGCCGUGGAGGGCAUUGUUGACCUGAGAAGACUCACAGGAAGCUGGGCGCCUUCCAUGGAAACGUUUAAAUGCAAACCUUUCCAGCUCCCAAACCACCAUGGAGAAGCCAGCAGACAACUAACUCCCUGACCCUUUUUUCCCUGCUCCUUUCCUUUACUCACGAGGACUUUCCAUUUUUAUUAUAAGAGGAACCCAAAAUGUGUGUGUGCACGUGUGUGUGCACAUGGUACACAUCCACAUGCCCACAUGAUAUAUUCACAUGCAAUUCAAUUCCAAGCAGCCAGCACAGGUGCUAUGAGGCUGGCAGAUAUUCUGCUUGUGGGCAGGAAAAUCAGAGGAGUCACCGAUCUGAGGGGUUUUAGGUUGAAGAAAAGAUUUCUCCCCUCAAGUGCCAGGGAGCAGCCAUACAUGUCUGCUUGUGUUUAGAAGGGGAAGUGGGCCCAGCAAACUCACCAUUUGGGGUAUUUUUAUGUUAAUAGAUACUCUCCCUGUAUCCCUAGGAAGGAUCUGCAAGUGUGAGAUCCUUGGCAGUUAACAAAUUAAUUAACAAACCAUGCCCUUGGGGCAGUUCUGAUGGAAAGAAAAAGAUAAACCAUCAGUGGGGUAGAUGCAAUAAGCCCACAGGUUUUUACACUGGAAACUUCAAUUGUUUUAAAUAACAAGGACAUAUGUGAUGGUCUGUGUGGAUGCCAGUAAAGAAUGGAUUCUGCCUCCGCCCCCACCUCCCUGGCUACCUCUAGGAGAUAGGGGAGCCUGAUGUUUGUCUCAGCAUGCCAAGCUGAUGACCCCAACUCUUUGGGGCCUCCCUGAGUUGAAAGAAGUAUCUUAUGAAACAGGCCUCACUGGUUUGUACAUGGCGCCUGGUCUUGUAUGGCUGGGAAGUUUCCCUCCUUAGAGAAAUGUGGAGGCUCCUCGCAGAAUGACAGGUGCCUGUAAACCCAGCCCAUUUUCAUAUCCAGUGGUCUUCUUGCACUUGGAGCUGAGGCCCUGCGUUUGCAAAGUCAAGGCUUAAUACUUUACAACCACUGGAUUUUUGCAAGUUGCCCUCACGUCGUGUGUGGAGAUGGACUCUAAGAAUGAAGACUUGUCCUGCUACUGACCAAGUGUGGGGUUAAGGGAUACUUCUUGGGCUGCCCCAUGAGAGUGUGUAGAUAGGAUGGAGCUUCUCUCUCAGCUUCUCUGAGCAGCCACCUAGGUGAUCUUUAGAGAUAUUCCAAUGGAGGGGGAAGGGCAGGAAGAGUCUGUCCUUCUGGGCCCCCAUUGGUAAGAUCGCCAGGUAGCUCAGCUCCAGUACAACGGAUACUGUUUGAAGAGCGACAGAUAGAUGCUUGGAGCAGGUGCCUGGCUGUGGAAGUCAACCAAGCAAGGCCAGAAGCUCCUAACACUGAGCCUUGUUGUGGUAGGGAAGCUCCCCAUCUGUUCUCCACCUCUUCUCCAAAGAAGGUUUGGAGAGCUGGGCAGUUGAGGAAAGAAGAGCCACUGAUCCGUGCCUGCAAGGACAGUGGACCUUUGCAGCAGAGCUGUUCCUGCCCAGGCACCCUUGCCCCCUACCUGCCCCUGUGGCUUCCAUGUAGUCUCACUGUUAACUUUCAAAAGGAUGGCAUGCUGCUACCUGGCAUUUUGCUGAGGGUCUCUUAGCAAGCUUACCUCCUCUGUGGGGAGCGCCACCAGCCCUGUGGGGGAUGGACUGGAAAUCUGGAGGGCCUUAGCCUCAAUCAUACACCUCAGUGGGCUUCUGCAAAAUGCACAGAAAAAAAUGGGGGCCCGGGGAGAGGCUUCCUUUGUUACAGAUGGGAAAGGGCAGUUUUGUGAAUGCAAACAUACUUCCUGAGUUUUGCAUUUGAGAAAUGACUUGGAAAAUUUUCUUCCGGUUAUUUUUAUUUUGAAUGUUCAAAGCCUUUGUUGGCCCCAGUAAUCUUCCUUGAGUGGCUAGGGAAAAAAUUUUCCACAAAGCAAAUUACUAAUGGCUAACUUUUAUUGGACAGCCAUUUUUGGUUUAUCAAAGUUCUCUUUAAUUUGCACUAGCAAUAUGAUAGUGGUAAAUAUGGGAGUGUUGCAAAAUGUCAGAUUUGCCAGAUCACUUUCUCAGAAAGUGAUACUGAGGUAGACUUGGCUUUUUAAAGAUGGGGGGUUGGGAUGGAAUUGAGGGGAAAUCGCAUCUUACACGAUACAUUCCACUUAAUGCAGGCCGCACUUUUCCAUUUUGGCUCACCCUGUUUAGAAAUCAUUUCUCACGUACUAAUGACCCAGUCAGGAAUUUUGGAAAGGUUCUUUGAAAUAGCAGCAACUGAAAUAGAGACCCUCUGCUGUGAUGUGGAGCUGGAUUUUCUCACUGGUAUCACAUGGCCUUGCAGCUCUGAACUCCUGGACUGAUUUGUGUGGGUUUAUGUAAUUGUGUGCAAUGAACCUGAAAUCGUGCGAAGAACAAAAAGGCCAAUUUACAGGGUUUUUCCUCACUUGUGAAAAGCGGCAUAGCCACAUCUGAGUCUUUUUCCAGGGGCUUAUGUUACAAGGUGAUCAAAUGAAGGAAAAACCUGAGUUUAUCGUUGGGAAGGGGAUCCAGUCCCCCUGGUGAUGAUGGAAUUAAGCACAAGGUCACAUUCUUAGUCAUCACAUUAGUGGGAAGGUGAGGAGUUAAAUUUUGUGGUGGGGGGGAGUGGUUACCUUGGGGAGGGAUUGAAAAGCACAAACAAUAGGUUUGCCUGUGCAAACUGGUGAGGAAUGUGUACACUGGUCUCCAGACUUGUGGACUUUGUGAGUUGAGGUUGAGGUGGAAGAAUCUCGGAUUAGCCACCUACCCCUGUGACAAAUGCUGAGCCCUGAGGUUGAGGUUUUGGUCUGAGACUUCAAGGAGAAAUAUUUUCACCCUUCCCUCCUCUCUACCAGAAAGAAAACAAUACUCUCUCCUAGGGACCUCCAGAUAAAGACAUUUUAUCUCUGUAGAUAAGACUUUAGGAUAUAAAGACCAAAACAAACAAACAAAAACACUCAAGAAACAAACUCUGUUCUCAGAUGCAAACACGUCUUGGCAAGAAUUCUUUUCUUUGGAGUUGGGCUGUUAUUUCAGUGUUAGGAGGUUGGAAGGAGAAAUGGACCAGAGAAAAGCAGGAAGCUCUCUUAAGGAAAGAGAAGCUCUCUUUAAAAAAUAAAACUAUUUCAAAGCUCUGUAGCACAGAGAACAUGGUGCCAUAGAUACAUCUCCAAGAGAAAUUCCUAUAUGAACAAAGGAAUUCCAGUGCCUCAUAGUGACAAAACCAUGAUGUGAGGGCCAAGGUAGGAGGCAGAGAUCUCCUUGAACACCUGUUGCAGCAGUACAGAUUCUCGAGUCAAGCCUCUGAAAAUUGUUUUACACAAAGUCUUGUUGGAGGCAGAUGAGAUGAAGAAUGAUCUCCUAGAGAGGUAAAAAUAAAGACAAAUAUGGCACCCCUUCUUUCAGAGGGAAUUGACAGUGUUUACCCUGUCAUGGGAGGUCACAGCGCCCCCUGUGUUAUAGCCAGGCACCAGACAUGGGCAAGCUGUGAAAGGAGAGCCUCAGUUUUCCUGUGGAGUCUCCCCGGCGAUUGCAGACCUGUUUCCCAGGCUGAUGGUUCCUGGUGUGUUACUGCUAGUGUUUCUUAAGGGUUUCCUCACUUGAUUUAGCUUUGUGAAGUAUCUUUCUUCUUAAUCAUAACUUGCUUUUCGAGCAAUGGUACAUGACCUCGUUCAAUGUUUGGUUCUGAAGUUAUAAACUGAUGUGUUUAGGUAUCUUAAUGUAACUUGGCAAGUCCUCAGUAGGGAGCUGUGAAUUUCUGUAACAUUUUGAUAUGUUUUAAAGCACCUGACUUAGAUCUUGUUGAAUAAAGCACUUUCAAAGAGAA